CCAAGGCAUCAGGAAGCUUUGAGGGGACAGAGAACACAACGAAGAAGACGAGGCCAGCAAGCACUGCAGGCAGGAGUGAGGGCGCGAAGACGUCACUGGAGCUUUAUUGGGGUCGGCAGGUAGCAUAGUAUGAGUUCGGAGACCGAUAAAUCUGUCCCUAGCCGUCACGUCCCCUUGGUCGCCAGCUUCGACGCUCUCUGGUUCUGCUUUUCUCCAGUGCAUCAGUUGCAGCAGUAUUAUCGACUCGGAAAACUUGAUAACUGUUCAGAAAAAUGGAAUGCUCUCGUUGACUGUUUCGUUCUCAAGACCAAACGCUCUGGAGAAGUUCAGGAAAUAUUAGAAGCUCGCGAAAAAGUGAAGCGCCACAUAUGGACCUUCCGGACACCUGAAGAAGCAUCCGUACAUUGGAAAGGAUUAUUUGGGCAUCUAGAUGAUAUGGAAUGAUGAGAACACCCAGCUUUACUGGUUCCUUAAAAGAUGCAGAUGGUCGUGCUUUGCCUUUGUCCGGCUUUAGGUCGGGUGUUUCUAAAAUAAUUAGUAUAAAGAUUAAAAUGCGGGUUGAUCUCAACCAAUUGGUGUAUGGGAUCUGGACAUAGAGCGAGGGUUUGUAUUUUCGUUCUAGUUUUAAUUCGAUUCAUAUCAAGCUAUUAUAUUAAUCUAUUCGCUGCGGGCUGUUUGCUAGUUACAUUCAAAA